UCUUGCCUCCAUUCUGCUACUGAAUCCAUUCAGUGAGAAUUUAUUUCCAUGGUUAUUAUAUUUUCCACUUCUAAAAUUUCCAUUUGUUUCUUCUUUAAAUAUUCUUUUUUUGUGCCAGGGCUUUCUGUUUUUACUUGUUUCAAAAGUGUUCAUGAUUGCUUGUUUAAGCAUUUUAAAAAUAGCAUCUUUAAAGGCUUUGCCAGAUAAUCCCAACAUGUCUAUUUAGCAUUGGUGUUGGUGCAUUGUCUUUCCCCAUUUGAGUUCCCCUAUUUUCCUGGUUUUUCAAAUUCUGAGUAAUUUCAAUUUACAUGCUGGACAUUUUGAAUAUCAGGUUAUGAGACUCUUGAUCUUGUGUAAAUGUUAUGGGGUAAGUUGGUAUUUCUGUUUUAACAGGUGGUUUACCUCUCUUCACAGGCAGCAAGCAUGGUCCUUGUCACCAUGGUGGGGCCAGGGCAAGAGAGAGCCCUGGAGGGGAAGGGGGUUCAGUUGAAGAUGGAGUGAGUUUUGAGGGGAGCACUAUCUGAGGUAUUUGAGUCCCAGAGGCAUAGGAAACAGCAGAGGGAGGUCGGAUUCCAUUAUCCUCAAUGGGGAUGGGAAUCGGGGGUUUCGGGUGUGGGACUGGGAACUGCUGCCCUCUCCUGCCCCGUAGCCACGCAUGCUCCUUGGGCACCUGUCUCAGUGCGCAUGUUCACUGGGCGUCUUCCCGUCUGCCCCUUAGCCCACGUGGAGAACGCCAGGGAGCUGUGAGGGUGUGCAGUAGCGUUCCUGCCAUCUGGACACUUUUUCCUCUACUGAGAUUCAUCUGUGUGAAAUAUGAGUUGGCGAGGAAGAUCGACCUACCGGCCUAGACCAAGACGCUAUGUAGAGCCUCCUGAAAUGAUUGGGCCUAUGCUGCCCGAGCAGUUCAGUGAUGAAGAAGUAGAACCACCAAAACCUGAAGAAGGGGAACCAGCAACUCAAAGUCAGGAUCCUGCACCUGCUCAGGAGGGAGAGGAUGAGGGAGCAUCUGCAGGUCAAGGGCCUGAGCUGCAAGCUGAUAGCCAGGAGCUGGUUCAGCUGAAAACUGGGUGUGAGCGUGGAGAUGGUCCUGAUGUGAAGGGGAUGUGCCUGUCAAAUCCAGAGCCGGGGAAACUGCCAGAAGAAGGUGAAGGGCGAUCACAGUGUUAAAAGAAGACACGCUGAAAUGAUGCAGGCUGCUCCUAUGUUGGAAAAAUUUUCAUUAAAGUUCUCCCGAUAAAGCUUUACAGCCUUCUGCAAA